GUGUCAGGCCUAAACUGUUGGGCAAAAUCCGCCCUCUCCCAGGAGUGAGAGAACUGGCACGGGAAGCGAUUGGAUGAUCGCGAGGAGGCUGCCAGGGCGUCUUUCUUUUGCUCCCCCCACGAGCAGGAGCGUCCACACGCCCAGGUAGCCUUGGAGCUGCACUACUGUCCAGUGACCUCCUCCCGACGCCAUUUUGGGAGCAGAGGUAGGCGGGACUACAUUUCCCAGCAUGCUGGGGCAGCGAGCGGCGCCAUCUUGCCUCGUUGGGCGGCUGGGUCUCCUUGGGAAGCCAGAGGGGAGGAGGCUGUGGUUCAGCCCAUGGCUCUUUUCCCGGCCUUCGCCGGCGCCGCUGAGCCCGGGGAGACGCCAGGCAGCGGUAGCGAGGGCUCCAGGAGAGAAUUGGACUGGCUUAGCAAUCCAAGCUUCUGCACAGAAGAUGCAUUGAAACUGCACCAGCGUGAUGCAGAUCUUACUCCUGAGAGCUCACAACUUAUAAGCAGGAGUCCUUCAAGAUCAGAACUCUCAGGAGGAAGUAAUACCAAUGAAGAUCUAAAAAAAUCAACUAAAAAAAGGAAAGGGAAAAAGAAAAAGCAUCACCACCACAAGAAAAGAAAAAAGAAAACUAGAGAGGAAUCAAGUAAUAGCGAGUCAGACUCAGACAAUGAGUGUAUGAAGGAUAAAUCUAGAGGAAGUGACAUAAACCAUGAAAGAGAAGCAGCAACACUGAAUCUAGAAGACAUAACUUCACAUGGUGUCACCAGUCGCUUUGUUUGGCUUGAGGAUAUUCAGGCUUUGACAGCAGAGACCUUCAGGACAGACAAGAAUCCAGACCCUGCAAACUGGGAAUACAAGUCACUGUAUCGAGGGGACAUAGCAAGAUACAAGCGGAAAGGGGACUCAUGCCUUGGUAUUGACCUAACGAAACAAUGUAUAACUUGGGAAAGUUCCAUGGUAGAAAAGAAACAGUCCCACAAGCGACCUGAACGCUACUUCACGAAGAAUAGUGUGCAGUUAUUGAGCACAGAUGGAAUUCCAGUUUACAGUAAAAGCCAAACUUCUUCAUCUGGUCCAAGCACUUUUAUACCGGUUUCACAACUGGACAGUGAUGCUCCUCCUCCAACAACCUGUGUGAAUCCUCUUGGGAUUUAUGAUCCAUUGACCACACUCUGGUUGGAAGGAAAAGGUCCCCCAGAGCAUGAGACUUUAAAGCAGCAGGCAUCCCAAGAGACCAGUGAGAAUGUUAACUCUAUUCUAAAGGCAAAAGUGGAAGAAUAUAAUAGGAUGGUCAGAGAAAAUCCAAGAGAUGUUCACAUUUGGAUGGAAUUUGUUUCUUUUCAGGAUGAAGUAAUGAGAGGACCCAGCCCUUACGCCAUCAAAGAUGGAGAGCAGGAAAUAAGGAGAAAAUCAUUCAAGCUAAUCCUAGAAAAGAAACUGGCCAUUUUAGAGAGAGCUAUUGAAAGCAACCCAAAUGAUGUUGAUCUGAAACUUGCCAAGCUGAAGCUUUGUACAGAAUUCUGGGAACCAUCAAGUUUGAUCAAAGAAUGGCAGAAACUGGUUUUUUUGCAUCCCAAUAAUCCAGUCCUGUGGCAGAAAUAUCUCUUAUUUUGUCAAAGUCAGUUCAGCACCUUUUCAGUUUCAAAAGUCCAUAGUUUAUAUGGAAAAUGUUUGAGCACUUUGGCAGCUGUACAGGAUGGCAGCAUGGUAUCACAUCCUGUACUGCCUGGCACAGAAGAAGCUAUGUUAGCUGUCUUUCUUCAGCAGUGCCAUUUUCUUAGACAGGCGGGCCAUUCUGAGAAAGCUGUGUCUUUGUUCCAAGCCCUGAUUGACUUCACCUUCUUUAAACCUGACAGCGUAAAAGAUCUGCCAACAAGAGGACAGGUGGAGUUCUUUGAACCAUUUUGGGAUAGUGGAGAGCCUCGGUUUGGAGAAAAAGGAGCAAAAGGCUGGAAAUCAUGGAUGCAUCAACAAGAAAAGGGAGGCUGGAUUAUCAUCAAUAAACCUGAUGAGGAUGAGGAAGAUGUAGAUGAAGAUCAAGAAAUAAAGGAUAAAACUCUACCUAAAUGGCAAAUUUGGCUGGACAUUGAAUGUUCCCGUGAAACAAGGCAUUGGCUGCCUUGGCGACCUGACAAAACUAAAAAGCAGACUGAAGAAGAUUGUGACGACCCAGAGAGACAGGUAUUGUUUGAUGAUCUUGGUCCAUCUUUAAUCAGACUUUCUAGUCCAGAUCUUCAGUUUCAGCUGCUAUACUCAUUUCUGCAAUUCGUGGGAGUCCCAUGUGGGCGUAGUCUGUUUCCUUCAAAUCUCUAUAUCGCUAUGGAUGAGAACAAUAUCUUUGACACUGAGCAGUCUGAGAGGCCAUUGACGACUUUUGACUCACUGCUUUCUGGAGUCAAUAGUAUUGGCCAUAUGGACACAAUGACAAGAGGGAGACAGCACAUAGGACACUGUAAGGAAGGAGAGGAGUUCAUACAGAAUGUCUUUCAUUUAAUAUUGCCGUUGUUUUCAGGAAAGGAAAAGGCAAACCUUUCUGUCUGUUGGCUACAAUAUGAAAUCUCAAAGGUUGUUCAGUGUCUCCAAGCAAAAAACAAGAAGAAACUGAAGUCACAGGGAAAGAAAAGCAAAAAACUAGCCAAGAAUCUCCUUAAGGCAUCUGAAAACCGAAACAACCUUUCCCUCUGGAAACUGUAUGCCUACUUGGAAUGGUUACUUGGCAACACUGAAGAUGCUAGAAAAGUGUUUGAUACAGCUCUUUGCUUAGCAGGCACUGAAGGAAUGAGAAAUACCCAACUCUGUAAUCUGAGCCUGCUUUAUGCUUCACUAGAAGUGGAGCUACUAGAGAAUUUGGAGGAAACUGUUAUGUCACGUGCUUUACAUAUAUUGACCAAACUGGCUGAAAGUGGACCAUAUGUACCUUAUACUGGGCAACUGCUAUCUGUGAAUAUCUUGAAAGCUCGGAAGGCAUAUGAGCAUGCAUUGCAAGAUUAUUUAAGUGAAAGUCCAGUCUCUAAUUGGGAUCAAGCCAGCAGUUCUAGCCAACUGGUUAAUUUAGUUGGUUGUUAUGCACUUUUCCAGUAUUUGACUGUUGGGAUUGAUGCUGCUGUGUUAAUAUGUAGACAUAUUUCUGAAAAGCUUAAAGGUUCUGCUUCACAGAAGUUUGAAAGCAUUGGAGAAAAUCUUGGCAUUCAUAAUUUCCCCACUGCUCUUGAAGCUGUCACACUCAUGCACACAAAUUUACUCAGGUACCAUAUGAAAGUUAGCAUUUACCCUUUAAAUCCACUGCGAGAGGUACUAAUGGAAGCUUUGAAGCUGUAUCCUAGCAACCAGUCUCUUUGGAGGUCAUAUAUCCAGAUCCAAAGCAAGUCUCACAAUGCUAGCAAAGCACGAAGAUUUUUUGAUAGUGUCACAAGGUCUACUAAGUCCCUAGAGCCGUGGCUGUUUGCAAUCCAAGCAGAGGAGAUGAGAAAGAAGCUUGUCGAGAAUGUUCAGAGAGUAGAUGUUGGAGAAAUAUAUUCAACAAUUCCUGAAACUGGGUUAACAAAUCGGAUCAAAGCUUUAUUUGAACAUGCAAUUCAGAGUGAAAAUGGUGCCCAUUGUCCAUUGCUGUGGAGAAUGUAUUUGAACUUUCUGGUUGCUAAAGUUUGAGAACCACUGCUCUAAAUGUUACAUUCCCAAACUUUUUGGAUCAAGCUUUUCAGAAAAGGAAGAUAAAGGGGGACUUUUUUAUUCUGAACUUAACCCACAGGUAAGCUGGACUGGUUUUCAGCUAAGCAUUUGUCAGUGUUCAGUGAGGCCCUGGGCCUUGGCAUGAGUUGGGACCUGGUCUGCCAGUGUCACAUCCCCAACGCAAAACAAAAAUUGGUUUGACAUUUGUACCAUGUGUGUCUGAAUGAUAAAAAUGCUACCUAUGAUAAAAUGUGAUCCUUACAUUUUCACUUGUGGAAGAGUUAUUGGUGUCAGAUGAGAAUAAGACGCAAUAAUAAUUCUUCACCUAACAUCGAUGGCACCUAAAAGCUUCUUGAGGGCUAAAACCAAUUAUUCAGUAAUGUUCACCUCUGCAGAUAUUACCACUUAAAAGUAAAUGUUAUGUUUGUCCAAUGUCACCAGAAAGUCCUGUAGAUCUUGUCAGAUCUUGAGAUGUGUUUAGUUCAUUCUUAAGUAUUUUUGACAAGGUAUUUCUCCAUCUUUAACAGAAUCAGUAAUUCAGUUGGAUUUUGAAUCAGUAUUCCCCUUCCCCUAAAAUCCCAUUUAUUCUUUAAGAAAGAAUUAGAGACAGAAUGAUAUUGAGAGCUGUUUGAAGAACAACAGGAGAUGUACAUUUUAGUGCUCAGUUGUGACAACUAAAUGAAGUGUGUUGCUAUCUAGCAUUCAUAAAUCUCACCAUGCAGUAUAAAAGGUUUAGUGACCCAACGUAACCCAAUUGGUGUCUACAAAUAAUAUUUCAUCUAUGUGAAAUAGAAACCGUACACUUCAGCAUGAAACCUGUUGAUCUUAAUAUAAUCAUUAAUGUAGUGAGACCGAGUGAAAAUGUUAAAUUACUUACAGUUGAAAAAUCUCUUGCUCCUUGAAGACCCCAAGGAGCUUUGUAAGUGGUUGGUGUAGGAAGGCACUGUUUAGAUCUAGACUUGCCACAGAGUUUCCUUUACAUAAAGUUAUUUUCAAACCUGGUCAAUUCAAAAUAUUCCCUUUGCAAGAAACUAUUAAAAUCUUUACAUAUAAAUGAUGACCGAAUAAUGAGACUAGCCAACCAAUGCACUCAAAACUGUUUUAAAGCUCUGUGCUGCUGGUGUGUUCUGUAUUUGCCCCAUCAGAUAUCCAAGCUGGCAUUUCUAGGAAGAGGAUUUACCUUCCUUUAGCUAGAUGCUGUCACAGGUUGUGAUGAGCAACCCUGUCUUGGCCACUCAUCAGACUGCUGUGAGGGGAUUCAGCUGCUGGAUCCUGUUUGUUCAGACUCUGGAGGCUUAAAACAGAGCCCAGGUAUAGUGAACAGGGAUAGUCUUACAGCCUCUGAGCAUGCUCUCAGGGUGCAGAUCUUCUGUCAUGCCCACUGAGAUCACACAGCUCACUGCCCCGUCAUUGGAACUGGUGCUUAACUCUCAAUCUCCCCUUGUAGUUUGAACCUACCCUUUCCCAGAAUGCCACUCAGAAGUGUGAGCCUUCUGGUUUACUGCUUCAAGGGGGCCUUGCGGUAGGUGUAACUGUUAAAUGCAUAGACCUUGUACAGAAUUCUAAAGCACUCUUUACUAAAGCACAAGAAAUACAGAGUACAGAUCAUAUAGAAAACAACAAACAACCUGAACAUAAUGCUCACUUUAGUUAUCCUUCCUUUGGGAGUUCUUGGGAACCCAUCUGUGUUCAGAUAGGAAAGGCUUCCCCUACCUACUCAGGCUCCUGCAGCAACUUCUCAAAUCUUGUUCUGGUGGUGAUUGUUGAAAUUGCCUUUACAUAGACAUUCCAGUGUAUGUGACUUAACCAUUUAAUAACUGAGGGAAGGGCAUUGAGCAAGUCCAUGAGGAAACCAGGCAGCCCUUGCCGAUGGAUGCAGCCUGCAAGUAUAUAAUCUACAUCAUCUUGGCCACAGUGCCAAUGGGAGGAGUCAUGAAGGCCCUAUUUGUAGUCACUAGAAGUAUAUCUUAUCACUCAAUCUGAAGCAAUUGAGCUUUGCCCACAGAUGGUGUGGAAAGUCAAAACCCGGGGACUGGACGGUUGCAUCUGUCAUGAGAUAGGCACUAGCUAUGCUGGAAGCUUGUCCUUGCCACCUAGUAUUCUGCCUGCAGGUGACAUCGAGGUUCCUUAAAAGGAAUUGUCCAGAUUGGGUGCCUUGAAUUAAAAUGGUAGAUUGGUGGAUUAGAGACCUCUGUAAACAGUGAUAGACCCAGAUUCUGUAAGGUGACUUGUCAACUGAUGUCAGAAGGGGCAGGACCAGCAGCCAGGCCAGGUUAUUAUAUACAUAGUUUAAUUCAGCUGCAUGUCCACUAGUCCUAUGUGAGAGGGGCUGAGCCACAUUGGGGAACGAUAUUCUGCUACAGAAUAGCACAAGGAAGGCCCAGAACUUCGCAUUGGCUCCCUAGUUUGAACCAGAUAGCUGGCUGAUCAGGACAUUUCUUGUCUCUAUUUGAGGUGAGGUCUUGGUAAGGUGUUCCUUGCAUGUCCAGGUGUGGCCCAGUGUGACGUCUAGAUACAUAGACAUUAGGUCGUUGUCCAUUCAGGAAGAUGUUGAGCUGUUCGUUGGCCUUGUGUGGUUUAGAUGCAAACAGCUGGAAACGGUCUUUGACACUUACUUUGAGUCUCCAUUUUUUACAGUAGUGGGCCAACUUUCUCAUAUCUGCAUGGAAGACUUUGUCUAGGUGACUGAAAUCCUGGUCCUGCACUGCCAGACAGAUGUCUGCAUAGAUAAAAGGCCUGGCUGUGGCGUAGGGAAGGUCAUUUGUGAAGAGGCUGAAAAGUGUCAGUGCUAGAACUGAGCCCCGAGGUAUACUAUUGUUUUGGCGGCCGUUUAGCAGCAGUUCCACACCUCUGACAGCCUGUCACGGUAGGACCAAUUACACUUUGCACCUAUGCCAACCUAUGCCAGAUUGCGCUAUAUGCAGCAGCAAGGUCUAGGAAUACUGCGCCUGUCUUCUGCCUGGUCUGGAAGCCAUUCCUGAUGUAGGCAGCAAGUGCCAGCACUUGACCACAAGUAAUUGUGGUUUGGUCUGAAACCUGCUUAAUCUACACUCAGGAUAAGGGGUGGGAGCAAUUCUCUGAAGGAUAAGCCUUUCAAGUAAUUUGAACACAAAUCUUAACAAAGAGAUCAGGUUGUGGUAAUAUGCUGCAGUUCAAUUGUCUUUCCCAGGUUUUGGCAAGACUAUUUAUUAUGUUUGAUCCUGUGCAAGCUCUUAAGCUUUUUAUUCUUCUAGAUAACUCUUACAUCCAAUUCUAGAUGUCUCUUCUAGAUGACUCUUGAUAGCAAAACGGCUACUCAGUGUUUUCUAGUUUUUCCCUGGCUCUUCAGGAAUUCAGAUAUUACCAAGCCCUUAGAUUCAUGUUUUCAGUGUUUUGAUCGCCCUUUCUGUUUAAUUGUUUAAUCUGUGGCAAAUGGCUGAAGUCUUCAGUUCUAGGUAUACACUGUUUCUAGUGCCGUCAUUAUUUCUUCAUCUCUCCUUCAAAUGUUUUGUCCUUAUCUGCCUUUGCAACAUUUAUCAGGUGGGUAGCAGUGUUGUUUGGAGAGACUGGGCACUAUGCUGGAGGUAGCUGAGCAGCACCAAGUUUUCUGAUUAAUGCCCUGGCUUUGUGGCUGGAUCUUGAGGUGUUUAGUUCCGUGUUAACUUGCUCUCAUCUCUUCUAGAAAUAUUCAAGCUGUCUCAAGAUGUGUGGUGAUGUCUGAAUCACGACUUUCUUCAUACUGAUUGAGGAGUUUUGCAUGCUCCUUAUCAAGAUAGAGAGUGUAGGACAUUAUAACAACCUCUUGGAAUUGAGGUGAUGAAAGCUUUAUAAAUGGCUCUUGUAAACAGCAUAUAAGAUUCUUCAGCAAAGAUGUGUGAUAAAACUGCGCCAAUUUGCUCUCCUCCAGUUCCGGCAAGGUUUUUUUGUUGGCGCUUACAGUAGGUGGGGAUACUUGGUGAAAGUGGCUAAAGAUCUCAAAUCACUCAACUCCUGCCCUUUUAAUCGCUGUUUAGUCUCUGUCAGGUGACCUCAAAUCCUUACGAGGUGACUUUGUUGCCAGGUGCACUCCUCAGGCUCCCACCCAGAAAUGGUUUGUCAAUCUGUUAUCAGUUAUAUUUGUAUUUGAAUAGAGGACAAUCCCGAGUUAAGGAACCUUUAUUGUCAGCCCUGUAUCACUCCCCUUGGGAUUUUUGUCCAUUCUGGAGGCAAAAGUAGAACCGAGGAAUCAUCUACCCUCAGAUAUUCAAAAUUGAGUUUGGAGUCUGCUAAAGAGAGAGAGAGCUCAUAAUCUCAUACAGAAUUUAUAAAUUUAGCCAAAUUUAUCACAGAUGCAAAGUUAAGUUUUGCAAACAAAAGGGUCUACAUUUUCAAGAAGACCUCAACCCUUUCUCCUGCUCUUUGUGUGAAACUAUGGGCAUUAUCAUUCCUACACACAUUUUUUGUGGGCUUAUCGCUUUUAUAAGCAGGUGAUAGAAUUUGCCCGUGUAACCCCUUUAUAAAAUGCAAAUAUCGUUGUGCAUGUAAAUAUUAUUACUUGCAUACAAAUAGCAGUAUACUAACAUUGUAUGGACAAAUGGAGGGCACUUCUUAGCAAAUUUAGAAUUGAGGAAACUCUGGAAAUGGAUCAGUUAGAUAUUCUAGUUUUUUAAAGAGAGAGAAAAGUUAAGAUGACACAGUAUUUCAAGAUUAACAGGAAAAGAUAGUAUAGCUCAGUUGCUAAUGUACGUGCCUUGGAGCCUUGGUCUUCCAUGCUAGGAGUUGUGUUCUUGCUUAAUGUUAACCUUUGACUGUGUGAUAUUAGAGGAGUGCUGUCCUGCAAGUGAAAAAUCAAACAGGUUCCUUCUGUCAUUCUUUGAUGUGUUUCUGUUUCACUCCACCACUUGUGAGUUACGAAGAGCCAACUUCUAACUCAUAAAGGCAUUGCUCAUAUCAUAGUCCAUUAAUGUAAUAUACCAUAUUACAUAUAUACCUAUUAUACAAUCUGUUCAUAAAGGACUCCUUACCAGGGAAACUCUGUCUGAACUUUUGCAUGGUAGUUUCUCUGCUUCUAAGAAGACACAAAAUAUCACUUCAGCAGCCACAAUUUAUUUGAAAUAUGGAUUUUUUUUCCCC